AGAAAGCAAAUGUCCCUGUUGCACCACCAAAACUGUCCAAAAUAUGAGUUAAUUUUGCACAUUUGUGUAUUAAAUUAACUUCUGGUCACAAAACACCCAAUAUGCUCACCGUUUAAUAAGUUGGGGCACACCACAUAAAAUGACUUCAAUAAUCAAACUGCAGGCCCUGUCGGGGGCAAUGGACGAGUCGCCCCCUUGCUACAUCCUGCAAGUCGACGAAGUGCGUAUUUUACUGGACUGUGGAUGGGACGAACAUUUCGAUAUGGAAAUUAUCAAAGAAAUGAGAAGGCAUGUUCACACGAUUGACGCCGUCUUGAUUUCGUACCCUGAUGUGGCGCAUUUGGGGGCUCUUCCAUAUUUAGUCGGAAAGUUGGGCUUGAAUUGCCCUAUUUAUGCCACAAUACCGGUCUAUAAGAUGGGGCAAAUGUUUAUGUAUGACUUGUUUCAGUCUCAUUAUAAUAUGGAAGACUUUGAUUUAUUCACAUUGGAUGAUGUGGACGCCACUUUUGAGAAAGUUAUUCAGCUGAAGUAUAAUCAGAGUGUUCCAUUAAAAGGCAAGGGGUAUGGAUUGACAAUCACGCCCUUGCCUGCUGGGCACAUGAUUGGGGGCACAAUUUGGAAAAUAAUGAAGGUUGGUGAAGAAGACAUUAUUUACGCUAAUGAUUUCAACCACAAAAAAGAGAGGCAUUUGAACGGUUGUGAGUUAGAAAAGUUACAAAGGCCCUCUCUGUUCAUCACUGAUGCGUUUAAUGCUACGUACCAACAAGCCAGGAGAAGGGCUCGGGACGAAAAACUAAUGACCAACAUUUUGCAAACUUUGAGGAACAACGGCAACGUUCUGGUCGCUGUGGACACAGCAGGCCGUGUUUUAGAACUGGCCCAUAUGUUGGACCAGCUUUGGAGAAACAAGGAAUCAGGCCUUCUAGUCUAUUCUCUAGCUCUGCUAAGCAAUGUCAGUUACAACGUUGUAGAGUUUGCAAAGUCUCAAAUUGAGUGGAUGAGUGAUAAACUGAUGAGGAGUUUUGAAGGCGCGAGAAAUAAUCCUUUCCAGUUCAAACAUCUGCAACUGUGUCACAGUUUACACGAACUACAGAAGGUUUCAAGUCCUAAAGUUGUUCUCGCGAGUUCGCCUGAUAUGGAGAGUGGGUUCUCUCGCGAGUUGUUUCUUCAGUGGUGCUCAAAUCCUAAUAAUAGUAUAAUUAUCACGACUAGGACGUCUCCGGGGACAUUAGCUCGAGAUUUAGUCGAUAAUGGGGGCAAUCGCCAAAUCGAUUUGGUUGUGAAAAGACGAGUCAAGUUAGAAGGUAGCGAACUUGAAGAGUACCAAAAGAGCCAAAGAGAAAAACGAGAGGAAAAUUCCAGCAGGGACGAGGAGUCGGAUUCAGACGAUGAUAUUGAAAUGAGUGUCAUAUCAAAAGGGCGGCACGAUAUUGUCAUAAAACAAGAAGGCAAGACCUCAGGUGGCUUUUUCAAAGUUACGAAAAAACAAUAUCCCAUCUACCCUUUUCACGAAGAAAAAAUCAAAUGUGACGAAUACGGCGAAAUAAUCAAACCGGAAGACUACAAGCUAGCUGAUGUCGUCACAGAAACUGAAGAUAAUAAGGAAAAUGUUGUGAUCAAAAAAGAAGAAGAGGUCAUUCCUGAGGUGGCUGAGACGCCGUCCAAGUGCAUCGUACUUAGCAGGACUGUCCAGGUUAACUGUCAAGUGCAAUAUAUUGACUUCGAAGGUCGCUCAGACGGGGAAUCCCUCAUGAAAAUUUUGUCUCAGUUGAGGCCCAGAAGAGUUAUAAUCGUCCGAGGUUCGCCUGAGAGUACUAACACGAUAAAAAAUCACUGUCAGGAGAAUCUCGAUGCAAGAGUGUUUGCUCCAGUCAGGGGUGAAGUCGUGGAUGCGACAACUGAGACUCAUAUUUAUCAAGUGCGUCUGACUGAUGCUCUGGUGUCUCAACUGAAUUUCCAGAAGGCUAAAGAUGCCGAAGUUGCGUGGCUUAACGCCCAGAUUGUGGUCAGGGAAAGUCAGUUGGAUGCGAGGAGGAUGAAUGUCGACAACGAACCAAUGGAAGUCGAUGAGGAAGAGUCAAAAAUAUUGACUCUGGAGCCCUACGGCGACAACAUCCCCCACGACACAGUAUUCAUCAACGAACUAAAACUUUCCGAAUUCAAACAAAUCCUGGCUAAAAGCAACAUCAAUUCAGAAUUUUCAGGCGGAGUUUUGUGGUGCAGCAACGGCACUUUAGCCAUCAGGAGGGUAGAAACAGGGAGAGUGAUCCUCGAAGGUUGCAUUUCGGAAGAUUAUUACAAAGUGAAAGAGCUUUUGUAUGAGCAGUACGCAGUACUGUAGUGUUUUUCAUAAAUUUUCGUACCUUU